AUGUAUAAUACCACCUCCAUAUGCCAGCUGAUGCCCUUUAACACCACCAAGUCCUUUAAAAUCCCUGUGUACUCUAUUGUGCUGGCGGCUGGGCUGCCUCUGAACUGCUUGGCACUUUGGGCUUUGAUCUACCAGAUGAAGAAGUCAGUCACCAUCUCAGUUUAUAUCACGAACUUGGUCUUAGCUGACCUCUUGCAGAUUCUGACGCUGCCGUUUUGGAUGUACUAUAGCUACCAAGGCCACUAUUGGGGCGUAGGGAAAGAGCUCUGUGCCAUGGCCGGUCUAGCGUUCCGCACAAAUUUCUACGCCAAAAACUACUUCUUGUGUCUUGUCGCCAUGGAGCGAUACAUGGGCUUAAUCCAUCCUCUCAGGUUCCACAGGGUGCAGACGAUUCGAGGUGCCACCAAAGUGAGUGUUGCCACUUGGCUUCUGGUGACAACUUUGUGUGCGACUGGCAUUGGGCUACAGAUGAAAAAUCCACAAGUAAGGCACAACUACUGCCUAGAUAGUUCUGUACUGAACUACAACUAUGCCCUUUUUAAGCUGAGCAUUGUAGGUUUCUCCUUCUUUAUCCCUUGCCUUCUGAUGGGGUUCUUCUACUUCAGAGUCCUCUAUGAACUCAGGAAGGUGGUCUCUCUGGAGAAGAGAGCCAAGAGGCAGAUCUAUGGCUUCAUCACCCUCAUCAUCGCCACCUUCUUCCUCCUGUUCACCCCUUACCAAGUGACUUCGUUUUACAGAUUCUACAGCGAAGUGAUGCUGAAACAUGACCAUCGCCGGCUCUGCGAAUCUGUGAGAAAUAUUUUCAUCUACAAGCAUGUCACAUUGUGCCUAAGUACUCUGGACAAUAUCUUGGACCCUCUUCUUUAUAUCUUGCUUCUCAAGGAUAUCCGAGCAGAGCUCAAAGAUACACUCAGUUUCAGGGCUCACGGGACAGGAAUCUCGAACAAAUCGGAAGAGCAAGAUAUUUCCCCAUAUGUUACCACUGAACAGAUGUAA